UUGUAUGGUUUGAUUGCCACAUGUUUUCACCUUCCUAUUGGGAUUUUUAAAAGCUGGAUGAUGGGAUAUUAAGGGAAUUGCCAAACCUGUGCCUUUACCUUCAGAAAUACUGCAAAAGUCAGAGGGGGAAGGAGGACACUGCUGCUUCUUCUAUUUGUCUCCUAACAGUGCAGCAAGAUGGCACUUCUCUUCACCAUUUUUCUUGUUUUGGCUCUAGUUGUGGCAAUGGGAUUCUACUAUGAACACCCCACAGCAAAAAUCCCACCUGGAUUUAGUGAGCGCAAAAAGCUUUAUGCUUUUCAUUACAUCAUGAACUUUGGUUUCGGUCUGGCAAUAUUUCUGGACAAACUUGGUAUCAUGUCAGAGGUCAGUUUACUCAGAGCUAUAAUGGACGGAAUACCACCACUAAAAGAUAAACGUCUUAUUAUCAAGGACUUAAUCUUUGAAAAGGUUAAAGUAAGACUGUACCAGCCAAAAACAUCAACCACUGGGCAAAGGAGAGGAGUCCUCUACUUUCAUGGCGGGGUUGGACGGUUUGGAAGCAUUCGCGCCUAUGAAAGAACAUGUCGCAUUCUUGCUAGGAAAACUAAUUCAGUGGUUGUGUCUGUUGGGUACCGCCUAGCUCCUGAAUUCCCAUAUCCAACCCAAUUCCACGACUGUCUCACUGCCACCAUACACUUUAUGAAGACAGCACAAGACUACGGAGUAGACCCUGCCCGCAUUAUUGUCUGUGGGGAUAGCAGUGGAGGUACACUGACUGCUGCCGUUGCCCAAGCACUGGUGAACAGAAAAGAUGUCCCAAAGCUGAGAGCACAAAUCUUGAUAUAUCCUUUUCUCCAGGCCGCAGACUUUAAUUUGCCUUCUUAUCAGCAGAACGCCAAAAUUCCUGUUUUGAUAAGGGAACGAACCCUCAUUCUUGGUUUGAAGUAUCUCAAUAAAGACAUAUCUGCUGUAAAUAUAUUACUUAAAGGUUCCCAUAUUUCAGAAGAGCGAAGACAGAAGUAUCAGAAAUGGCUGAGUGCUGAUAAUAUCCCUCAUGAGUUUAAAAUGAGAGGCUACACACCUCCAGGACCACCGGCACCGUACUCAGAAGAAAUCUACAAGCUGGCCAAACCUUUUCUUGAGCCUUUAUUUUCACCACUGCUGUGUGAAGACAAUGUCAUUGCCCAGCUUCCUGAGACUUUCAUUCUGACCUGUGAAUACGACGUGCUUAGAGACGACGGACUGCUGUACAAGAAACGAUUAGAGGAUCAUGGUAUAAAAGUGACCUUGUGCCAUCUGGAAGAGGGGUUCCAUGGAACAAUAUUCUUAGCUGCUUAUAGUAAGGUGGUAACAUUCCAAUCUGGAAUUAAAGGCCUGGAAAAGAUAACAAAAUUUCUAAGAUUGAUGUAAACCUCCAUUAUUUGCUUUCACUUCCUGAUUUCUAUCUCUCUCUACCUGCAAAGAUUUUUUAAAAAAUACUCUCAGUUUUCCUUUUGUUAAAACAUCUUCUGAAAUUUCUGCAUUGGCUCUGCCUGGUUUUUACCCAUGAGAUUGAUUUUGUGAAAGUUUUCAUUUCAUUUUUACUGAUGAUUGAAGAAGGACAACAUCAGCUGAUUUUGUCUACCACCACUUCAUAGUUUUUUCCUCUAUUCAUAAGAGGUCUGGUACCCAUGACUAACGUUUCACAGUGCAGUUUGGCUUAAUAAAGUUCUGGUAAUAGUAAUAUGUAAAUUGAGAUUUGAGGACAACUUGAGGGAAGUAACGGAGGAUGAAUCUACAAAUUAAGUGCACAAGAUGGUCCAUGCCAUAUCUGAUGAGAGCUGAGUUUGAGACAAGCUUGAAGAAAACUGAAUAAAGCAGAAAAAGUGUGGACAUAGACAUAAGAGAAUGAAGUCUCAGCUUUGCAACCAUACUUCAGUUCUGGGCUCCCCAGUUCAAGAGAAACCCAGGCUUACCGGAAAGAGUCACACACACACCAAGAUGACCAAGGGCCUGGAGCAUCCCUGCCAUGACAGGAGGCUGAGAGAGCUGGGACGUUCAGCCCAGAGCUGAGGAGGCCCUGGAGGAUCUUUUCCAUGUGUUUAAGGAUCUGAAGGGUGAGUGCAGAGAGAAGGGAGCCAGGCUCUUGUCAGCGGUGCUGGUGCCAGGACAAGAGGCAAUGGGCACAAACUGAGAGAGGGUCCAUCUAAAUAUCAGGCAGUACUUCUGUGCUGUGUGGGUGAUGGAGCACACCAGUACAGGCAUCAGAGAGGCUGUGGGUUCUUGGAGAUCUAAACCCUCCUGGAAGUGGUGCUGUGGGUGUGCAACCAGAGAGACCCAGAGGUGCCUCCAUCCCCAAACAGCCAGGGACUCUGGGAUCCCGUGAAGUGGAAAGACAGGAGGUCUGGAAAUGAUAAGGCUAAGAACUAUAGAUGCUGUAAAAAAAUAUGGAUUAAUGCAACAUCUGUUUAAAAAUGCAUAUACACUUCUUGAUAUAGGUACAGAAAAAUGUGAAUGCACAGUAAUAUCAGUCACUGCACAGUCUGAAGCAGAAAGCACUUUCCCACAGAAGGAUGAUGAGCAGUGCCAUGGCAGAGAAAGGAGAAUGAGGGAG